AUGACUGUCGCCUUGACGUGUCGACUGCGCAGGCUUCUUUGGCUCGACGGUCGUGUCAACCUUGAUUCUUCAAACGCCCCCAUCAGCACUUUGCAGCUAUAUUAUUCCACGCCCGUCGUGCUUUCAGCAAACACAUUCACUAAUUUCAACAGUCUUACCUAUCUAUCGUUGCGCGAUGCUUCGAGCAUGGAGGAUCAUGCGUUGGCUGGGUUGCCAAGUUUGUUUGAGCUAGUGCUGACGGGCUCUUUGACAUCAGUCGCUGCUGCCGUCCAGGGCGUAUCGACGCUCACAAAAAUAUGUCCGGAGGGCAACUUGGUUAUUCAAACCAGUAGAAUCACCAGCAUUUCGAGCAACGCGUUUGCUGCCCUGACCUCUCUCACCUCUCUCACUCUGAACAGCAACCCAAUCACGAGUAUUCAUGCUGAUGCCUUCGCUGGGAUCACCAGGCUCCAAGCAUUAUCUCUUCAAAACACCCCCUUGACAACACUACCACCAGGCUUGCUCUACGGCCUCUCGAGCCUCAAUGUAGCAAAUUUUGUUUCAAACAACUUCUCCUUUGGCGGGAACACGGUCGCGCCACCCAGCACCUUUGGAAAUGUCGGCAAUCCACAAACGUUCAUGGCCUCUGCAUCGUCCGACUCGGCGUCGGUAGCUUCAAUCACGUCAGUCUCUUACAUGAAGAUAGCAAACUCAGUCGCCUCUGCCGUGUCUGUCUCGACAAAUUCGAUUGCCUCUGCUGAGUCUGUCGCUUCAGUCAAGUCUGCAGCUAGUGUCUCGGUUUCUUCUGCUUCUAUUCAAUCCUCCAUCUCGGCAAAGUCUGCUGUUUCGGCUCGAUCAAUUGCCUCCAUCAAGUCAGUCACGACUGCUCAGCCUGUUACGUCGGCUGCAACAGAUAUUUCGGCUGGGAGCGGCUCUGUUGCGUCGGCGACGUCCAGCCUUUCCACUAUGAGCGUGUCUGCGACAAGGAAUGUGGCCGCAUCCAACGCGCCCACAGGCGACGACGAGAGCUUGUCGGUCCUUCCCAUCAUUGUCGGAGCUCUUGGUGGAGUUUUGCUUUUGGCACUGAUUGCUAUUGGUAUCUUGAUUCGCCGUCACCGCGCCUCGCGACCCACAAACCAGCCAGCUUCCCAGGAUCUGCACGUCAAGCUCAACAACCCUGUGUAUGACCAAAAGCCGUCCACCGAUUCUCUUUGGUACUCUGGUGUUGUGACACCCUCAUCAAAUGACGCCAGUACCGGAAGUGUGUACGAAACCAUUCCACCUGUUGACAAAACUUACGCGGAGCUGUCCCUUGCUUCUGGCACGAGUCCUCGGCCAUUUACCCGCGUAGAUGUGGUCUACGCAGAGCCGUUGGUUACGCCCACGAACACGAACGAUUGA